AUGUGAUUUCUCUCUCAUGAUAAUUUAAAUAUAAACCUGAGUCUUCAACUGACUUUAUCUGAUAAUCUCUGGUGCCUUUACAGCUCACAAACAGAUGAAAACCCUCAGCAGCCCCAGCAACUCCAGCACCAUCUCUGGCUUCAUCCUCCUGGGAUUCCCCUGCCCCAGGGAAGGGCAGAUCCUCCUCUUUGUGCUGUUCUUUGUUGUCUACCUCCUCACCCUCAUGGGCAAUGCUUCCAUCAUCUGUGCUGUGCGCUGGGAUCAGAGACUCCACACCCCCAUGUACCUCCUGCUGGCCAACUUCUCCUUCCUGGAGAUCUGGUAUGUCUCCUCCACGGUCCCCAACAUGCUGGCCAACUUCCUCUCUGGCACCAAGGUUAUCUCCUUCUCUGGGUGCUUCCUGCAGUUCUAUUUCUUCUUCUCCUUGGGUUCUACAGAAUGCUUUUUCCUGGCAGUUAUGGCCUUUGAUCGCUACCUUGCCAUCUGCAGGCCUCUACACUAUCCUGCUCUUAUGACUGGGCGCCUCUGUAACAUCCUGGUGAUCAGUUGCUGGGUGCUUGGUUUCCUCUGGUUCCCCGUUCCCAUCAUCAUCAUCUCCCAGAUGUCCUUCUGUGGGUCCAGGAUUAUAGACCAUUUCCUAUGUGACCCUGGCCCUCUGUUAGCACUGACUUGCCAAAAAGAUCCCAUAGUAGAAUUGGUCUUCUCCAUCUUAAGCCCUCUGCCUCUUAUUGUUCCUUUUCUCUUUAUCAUGGGGUCUUAUGCUCUGGUCCUAAUAGCUGUAUUGAAGGUCCCUUCGGCCUCUGGAAAAAGAAAGGCUUUCUCGACCUGUGGGUCCCAUCUGGCUGUGGUUGCGUUAUUCUAUGGCUCAGUGUUGGUCAUGUAUGGGAGUCCAACGUCUGAGCAUGAAGCUGGAAUGCAGAAGCUCAUAACUCUGUUUUAUUCUGUCUUGACCCCACUUCUUAACCCUGUGAUCUAUAGUCUUAGGAACAAACAUAUGAAGACAGCCCUGAAGAAAAUUCUGGGGGAGAUAAAAAUUUGGUUGUCAAAAAAGAUUCUGGGCAAUUAA